AGUUCCAGCACACGAUCCAAAAACAAAAAAAAUCAUCUGCAUCUUCGUCUUCAUCGCUGUUCUUCCAUUAUAGACGAAUCUCUCUCCUUUAAAUUUCCACCAACGCCUCUCUCUCUCUCUCUCGAUUUCUUUAUAGCCGGCGCUCGUAGUCCACGGCGGGGAGAGAUGGCUCCUAACGAUCCCAAAAACGGCGGUGGUUUCUUCGCGUCUCUUGCUUCCUCGAUCUCAAGCUUGGGAUCGGCCAUGACCAAAUCAGUUAACGGGUUGGUUGGCUAUGAGGGACUUGAAGUUAUUAACCCUGAAGGAAGUACAGAGGAUGCAGCUGAGGAAGCAAACAGAGGAAGAUGGAAGCAAGAGGAAAGAGAUGGUUAUUGGAAGAUGAUGCAGAAGUACAUUGGGUCUGAUGUUACAUCAAUGGUGACACUUCCUGUUAUUAUUUUCGAACCAAUGACAAUGCUCCAGAAAAUGGCUGAGUUGAUGGAGUACUCGCAUCUACUAGACAUGGCAGACGAAACCGAGGAUCCUUAUAUGCGCAUGGUGUAUGCCUCAUCAUGGGCUAUAUCUGUGUACUAUGCUUUCCAACGUACGUGGAAACCGUUCAAUCCGAUCCUCGGAGAGACUUAUGAGAUGGCUAAUUACAAUGGUGUUAACUUCAUAUCCGAACAGGUCAGCCAUCACCCGCCAAUGAGCGCAGGUCAUGCUGAAAAUGAGCAUUUCACUUAUGAUUGUACUUCAAAACUGAAAACCAAGUUUCUCGGCAAUUCCAUUGACGUUUACCCAGUAGGAAGGACAAGGGUGACACUUAAAAGAGAUGGAGUGGUUCUUGACUUGGUACCUCCUCUGACCAAAGUUCACAACCUAAUCUUUGGGCGAACUUGGGUUGAUUCUCCUGGGGAAAUGAUCAUGACCAACCUCACCACUGGUGACAAAGUCGUGCUUUACUUCCAACCAUGUGGCUGGUUCGGAUCUGGUCGGUAUGAAGUGGAUGGAUAUGUCUAUAACGCCUCUGAGGAGCCAAAGAUACUCAUGACCGGUAAAUGGAACGAGUCCAUGAGCUAUCAGCAGUGUGAUGGUGAAGGUGAACCUCUCCCAGGCACUGAACUAAAGGAGGUCUGGAAACUCGCUGAUGCUCCAAAGGAUGACAAGUACCAGUACACACACUUUGCUCACAAGAUCAAUAGCUUCGACACUGCUCCAAAGAAGCUCUUACCGUCUGAUUCAAGGCUACGCCCUGAUAGAUACGCACUAGAGAUGGGUGACAUGUCCAAAUCCGGCUAUGAGAAGAGCAGCAUGGAAGAGAGACAGAGAGCUGAAAAGAGAACCCGUGAAGAGAAAGGCCAAAGCUUUACUCCAAAGUGGUUUGAUAUAACAGAGGAAGUCACUCCUACACCAUGGGGAGAUCUCGAAGUUUACCAGUUCAAUGGAAAGUACUUGGAACACCGGGAAGCUGCUGAUAAAUCUGAAGAUGGCACCGAUCCCAAGUCGAUCACAUUCAACCCGUGGCAAUUCCAAGACAUGUCGACUUGAGUUGAACUGCUCCCAAAAAGACAAAAGAGGAUCAAAUCUUUUGGUAUCAAGUGUUGUAAUACUUAAAUUCUCUAGUGGUUUCAACGAACUCUGCUAUAGCUUUUCUUGCUUUCUCUAGUAAUAGUUUACAACUUUUAUUGUUCUUUUUUUUAUUGUUCUUUUUUAAUUUUAUUCAAAUCUGUUUUUCAACUUCA